ACUCGUUUUUCCAAUUUCCAAUUAUAACAAAUAAUACUGUCUAAAACUGGGAUCUUGUUUCUGGCUGUAUCGAAGUUAUUUCUUCUGUUGAUUUAGGGUUUUAUCGUGAUUGAAAAUCACGUGUGAAUUUGAUGUUUGAAUAUUUUAAUUGAGCUGGUUAUAUUUAUCGAAUGGCUAAAUGGCUACUCUUCUCGACUUUGCCGCUCGGAAGCCUAUUAUUGGCAUUUGUUAUCCGACUCUUCUUAGUCGUAAUCAGUUGCCGGAGAAACAGGAAGAAAGCCAUGGGAUUCUUCCAUCCAUACACAAACGACGGCGGUGGAGGUGAGCGAGUUCUCUGGUGCGCCGUCAAAGCAAUCCAAGAAGAGUCACCCGAUCUUGACUGCGUCAUCUAUACCGGUGAUCAUGAUGCCUCCCCUAAAUCCCUCGCCGCCCGAGCCCUAGAUCGUUUUGGGGUCAAAUUUCUCCACUCUCCCAAGGUGGUGCAUCUUUAUAACAGGAAAUGGGUUGAAGAAACCAUGUAUCCUCGAUUCACUAUGAUUGGUCAGAGCUUUGGUUCAGUGUACCUUUCAUGGGAAGCUUUGUGCAAGUUUACACCUUUGUAUUAUUUAGAUACCAGUGGAUAUGCAUUUACUUAUCCUAUUGCCCGGUUAUUUGGAUGUAAAGUUAUUACCUACACGCAUUACCCGACGAUCAGUUUAGACAUGCUAUCUCGUGUUCAUGAACAAAAUUCUAUGUACAACAACGAUGCUUUCAUUGCUAAGAGUGCACUACUGUCAUGGUGCAAAGUCGUCUAUUACAUGAUUUUCAGCUGGAUGUAUGGAAUAGUAGGCUCGUGUGCACACCUUGCAAUGGUGAAUUCUUCAUGGACGAAAUCCCAUAUUGAGAAGCUUUGGGGAAUUACAGCUCGUAUUAAGCGAGUUUAUCCUCCAUGUGAUACUUCAACGCUUCAGGUGCUACCAUUAGAAAGGCCAAUGCAAUCACCAAAGAUUAUAUCUGUGGCUCAAUUUCGUCCAGAGAAGGCACACCUCCUUCAACUUGAGGCAUUUGCAGUUGCUGUAAAAAAUUUAGAUGCAGAUCUGCCAAGACCAAAGCUCCAAUUUGUAGGUAGUUGCAGAAAUGAAGCAGAUGAGAAAAGAUUGCAAGACCUCAGGGAUCGAGCUAAUCAGCUGAAGGUGGAUAGUGAUGUGGAGUUCCAUAAAAACGUGUUGUACAGUGAGCUCGUGAAACUUUUGGGAGGUGCUGCUGUUGGAAUUCACUCCAUGGUAGACGAGCAUUUUGGCAUAAGCGUAGUGGAGUACAUGGCUUCUGGUGCCAUACCAAUUGCGCAUAAUUCAGCUGGCCCGAAGAUGGACAUUGUUUUACCAGAAGAAGGAAAGCAAACAGGGUGUCUAGCUCAGAGCGUGCAAGAAUAUGCAGAUGCUAUUGUCAAAAUCAUUACUAUGCCUGAACCUGAGCGGCUUGAGAUGGCUACUGCUGCAAGGAGACGAGCUUUAAGGUUCUCAGAACAAAGAUUUUCUGAAGAUUUUAAGGCUGCUAUCCGACCUGUCUUGUUUCAUACCUCUAGAUGAUCAAAAAAUAUAUUUUUCACACUUAACAAAGAUCAAGUCCAAUGCAUCCCGGGAUUUGAUCUUUAAGUUAUUCUUAACAGGAGAGUUAGAGAAGAGUCUCAAAAUCUAUAAUUGAGUGCUACGGACAAUGCUAAGCUCCUCUCUCGAGCUGGUUGGUUAUGUUUAGCGAAAACUGAAGUUCUGAGUCCAUAUCACUUGAAAGAGCUGACAGCAAACUGGCUAGAUUGACAUAUCAUUGGAUGCUAAUAUAUACAUAUUGAUAGAAAUGAUCUAAUGAUGUUGCCAUGCUCACCAUGGGCAUUAUAAUCCAUGCUCACCAUGGGCAUUAGAUCAAUUCCAUUCAUAUUUAAAGGGUAAAUACCAAAUUUCUGAUUUGACGUA